CUAGGAAAUAAUUGGAAACAUGGGCAGUUUGAAGCCACCAGAACGUUUACACGAUGACAACAAUGUUGAAAGCCUCCAGUAUAUUCAAUCUGUAAGCUUAACAGAAGAUUUUGCCUAUCCUCAGGAAUUUUAUGACCGUGUCAUACAGCUGUGGUCUGAUCCUGGUGUGCAGCGUGCAUUUAAUAGAAUGGGUGAAUUUCCACUCAUCGAUUCAACUAAGUAUUUCCUAGACAAAAUUCAAGUAAUCCGGAAAGAUGAUUAUUCACCGAGCGAUAAAAAAAAGAACUUCUGAAAUAUCCCGGAUUGAAUUUACCGUCAAAGUACCAAAGAAAUAUGGUGGAGGUUACCAGUCUUUCUGGCAAGUAUAAUAAACACUAUAAUUUGUAAAUAUUUUUGUUUUGUUUAUUACCUAGUGUGUAAAUAGAUGUUGUUGAAUGAUCGCACACCUUUCGACUUGAUCAACUUUAUCCACUAGAUUAACUAAAUCACAAAUAAAGAGUUAUAAAAAAAUUCAGACCCAACUUAAGUAUUAAUAAAAAAAGGAGUGCAACAAGAUCAAAUAAUAAUAAUUAAAAAAAGCAGACAAUCAUUUUGGAAUUUCUUGGAGUU